AUGAGCGAAGUUCUCCACGAAAGCUAUCCGCAAUACAUGCCGCCCACGGGCGAGGACACCCCAGAGACCCCGCAGGACACCCCGGCGUUCGGAUGGAGCUUCAGCGUCGCACACCAAACUACGUAUGUGAUAACACCGCCAGAGGAGACAGGUGACUAUGAGCCAAGGGCCGGCGACAUAUCUGAGUCGCUCGUCAAGUACCAGAAUACAGCCGAGAUCGAUGUAGGGGUCACAGAUCCUACACUCAUCGAGCCGUACCCCGGGGCCACCCUAGGCGACUUCCCUACAAUCGAGCUCGCAUCCCAUUCCUUUCCUAUGCCGAGCCUACGGAGCUCUCGACACUCUGUUGAAGGGAGUCCGCAUUUGGAGUCCAAGUUCCAAUCGCACCCAUCCAACGGCGAACUCCGUCCCACCGACCUAAGCUCCUACCUCGACCGCGCCCAAGGGCCGGAGAUGAUAUCAAGUUUGCCCGAUUGGAGCUUUAUCCAAAGGAGAUAUGAGCUUCCCCUUCAUGCCAGGACCGAUGACUGCCCAAGUAUGACAACUGGUAGCACGAUAAGCAGUCGGAACUCGUCCACAAGGUCGACAAAGUCAUUCAGAUUGGACGGCGCCGAAGUUCAAGAGAAAGGAGUCUGCCCAUAUACUGAGUGCGGCCGCAUUUUUAGAGACCUGAAAGCUCACGUACUCACCCACCAAGCCGAACGCCCGGAGAAAUGUCCUGUCGAGACUUGUGAAUACCAUGUGAAGGGCUUCGCGAGACCGCAUGAUAAGGUGCGACACACCAUGUCACACUUCAAGGGGACUAUGGUCUGCGGUUUCUGCCCCGGUUCCGGAACAGGCGCAGAGAAAUCAUUCAAUCGCUGCGACGUCUUUACGAGACACCUUAUCAAUCUGCACGGCGUGCAACAGAACGUGUCACGAAGGAAUGAGCCCCACCGUGCUGGCGCUAUCAAGGCCCCUCGGAAGCCUUCGAAGAGCCAAGGAGUGGCCACCUGCUCCUUGUGCUCUGAGCCGUUCGACGCCCAGGGAUUCUAUGAACACCUUUCGGGCUGCGUUCUACGCCAAGUCGCCCGGAUGUAUACAAAGCUUCAGCCGGAGGUGGGAGGGGAGCAACACACCAAUAAGAAUCCCGUCCAAUCGAAAGAGAGUCCCCGCAAUGACUCCCUCAUCUGCCUACAGGAUAAAGUUCAGGGAUUGGCCAGGCCCAUACCCGAAGAACUCCACCCAUCGGAUCCAGACCACCUACACUCUCGGCUUAGAUCCUUCGCCGCGCCUAUAAAUAUCGAACCGCAAGAGCGCAAUCCAGAGAGCAAGGAGAUCGCCGAGCUGACGGCAUCUUCGCGCUGCCUUUCACUUACUUCAUCAGCCGGCGAGGAGGCGGUCAAAUCGUCCGAUGAAGAGACGGAUUGGACCGAAGAUGCAGGCUCCCCUGCGAGCGAACCGGACGCGAAUGGACUUCGCCCCAUGCUCUCGCCCAUGAAACGCCAGCUGGUCGACGCCAUAAUGAAAGAGUUCCAUCGAAUAUUCGACAAGAGCCUCCGAACGCGAAAUGGUGGAGGAAGCUCCGGCGCUGCCGAUGGAUACGGAGUCUAUGGGAGCUCCUCGAGCGGCUCCUCUACGUACUCCAACUCGUCGUUUAUCUCUCGCAAGCGGAGUCUGAGCGGCGGUGGCUCGCCACCCAACGACAGUGGAGACGACCCUAACAAGCGAAGACGGCCUGACCCUAAACCAAACAUCGGGAAACAGCCUAUGCCGGAGCUGCGGUUUGCUUGCCCAUACUACAAACGCAACCCGGGGCGACAUCAGACAUUCACGUCCUGUCGGGAUCCAGGCUUUAUAACGGUCGCGAGGCUAAAGGAGCACUUAUAUCGACGCCACCUCCUUCCCAUACAGUGCAACCGAUGUUGUUCCACCUUCCCAAAUGAACCGACACUGCGAGAGCAUCAGCGCGACCCAAGGGGGUGUGAGAUACGCGAGCAAAUACCGCUGGAAGGCUUCGACAAAGAUCAAGAGCGAAGAUUGAAGAGUAAGAAGCGUAGCUUGGUGUACCAAAGCGAGGAAGACAAGUGGAAAGGAGUCUAUCGAAUUCUCUUCCCGGAUGAUGAUGAAGCGGACAUGCCGUCACCUUAUAUUCAGUACCAACCAUGCAACGUGGGCCAAGGCGAACCGUCCAAUGUAGCUCGCUUCCAGGAAUUUUCGCGACUCGAGCUGCCUCGCUUAGUCCGUCGAACGCUCGAGGUCGCCGUCGAGGAAGAAGCGCAACCCCUAGAAGAGAAGCUGAGGGAGCGGCUCGUCGAUAUCGUUAGGGAAUGCCAAACGCAGUUGAUAUCGCUGUUCCAACAGUCAAGUGGACCUACGAACGUCGAGGCUCCGGAGCUUGUCCCGACUCUGCCUGACGCGGCUAGAAAUCUUUCAGAGCAGGAUACCAGGAGCCAGCCAGUCCAUGCUCCCUUUCGGGGUUUUGAGUCUUUCACUGCAGCUACGGACUUCAUUCCCAUACCCGCUAUACAGUAUCAGGCCUGCGAGCAGCCGAAGCCGGAAGCAUCGGGUUCGCCAGACUCCGGGUACGACUCCACAUGGACGUCAUCAGGAUUUCCUCAAGAAACCAACUUCCCUCACGACCCCACAUUCGUACAGGACACAGGCUUCGGUCAGACACCGUCAUUCAUCCAGCAAGCUCCUCUCGUUGACAACGGCUAUGUCGAACUCGGAGGAUACUAUGGGCUUUUUGAAGACCGCAGCCUGGACUACGCAGGAGCUGCACAUCCAUCUUGGGCUUAUUUAGACCCAACGAAUGCGAACGGAAAUGGAAACGGCGCAGGUCCGUCUGGGUCAGGAAUAUAG